GGAGGAGGGAGGGAGGGAGGGAGGGAGGAUGGCGGGGGACAGCGAGCAGCGGCUGGAGGAGCAGGGCCAGCCCAGCGGCGGAGAGCCCUUCCUCAUCGGGGUCAGCGGAGGCACGGCCAGCGGCAAGUCCUCGGUGUGCUCCAAGAUCGUGCAGCUGCUGGGGCAGAACGAGGUGGAUUACCGGCAGAAGCAGGUGGUGAUUGUCAGCCAGGACAGCUUCUACAGGGUCCUCACCUCGGAGCAGAAAUCCAAAGCACUCAAAGGGCAGUUCAAUUUUGAUCACCCAGAUGCCUUUGACAACGAGCUGAUCGUGAAAACCCUCAAAGAGAUCACGGAAGGGAAGACAGUCCAGAUCCCCGUCUAUGACUUUGUCUCCCACUCCAGGAAAGAGGAGACGGUGACAGUGUACCCUGCUGACGUGGUGCUCUUUGAGGGCAUCCUGGCCUUCUACAGCCAGGAGGUGCGGGAUCUCUUCCGCAUGAAGCUCUUUGUGGACACGGAUGCAGACACCCGGCUGUCCCGCAGAGUGCUACGAGACAUCAGUGAGCGAGGCCGGGACCUGGAGCAGAUCCUGUCUCAGUACAUCACCUUUGUCAAGCCUGCCUUCGAGGAGUUCUGUUUGCCAACCAAGAAAUAUGCUGAUGUGAUCAUCCCCAGAGGAGCAGAUAAUGAAGUGGCCAUCAACCUGAUCGUGCAGCACAUCCAGGACAUCCUCAACGGGGGCCUCAGCAAGCGCCAGAGCAAUGGGUGUCUGAACGGGUACACCCCCCCCCGCCAGCGGCACCCCUCAGAGUCCAGCAGCCGCCCCCACUGACCCCGGACCCAGCCUGGGGCAGAGCCUGAUGGGGCCCCGACACUGCCCCUCUGUACAUACUGUCCCUUCAUCCCUCCCCUCCCCACACACCCCCCUCACCACCCCCCCUUUAUCUAUUU